AUGGCUCUUCCUUCAGCGAUGGUAUUACCACUGCUGAUUGUUUUCGCGGCAGGGAUAUACUACAUCUACAAUGAGGUCAUGCAUUACAUGGCCAAGUCUUUAGUACGGAACAAGGUGGUGGUGAUUACAGAUGCCGUGUCUGGUGUGGGAAAUGAGUGUGCUCAUCUCUUCCAUAAAGGCGGAGCCAGGCUUAUCCUGUGUGGAGCCAACUGGGAUAAACUGGAGUCUCUGUACGACUCUUUGACAAAUGAUGCCGACCCCAGCGAGACAUUUGCUCCCAAAUUAGUAAUCCUGGACUUUAGUGACAUGGAGAGCAUGGAGGACGUGAUGGCUGAAGUUGUGGACUGUUACGGGUGUGUGGACGUGUUAAUUCUGAACAGCAGCAUGAAAGUCAAGGCUCCGGUGCAGAGUGUGUCCCUGGAACUAGACAGAAACAUAAUGGACAUCAACUACUUUGGGCCAACAACCUUGACCAAAGGAAUUCUUCCUACCAUGAUUCCGAGAAGAUCAGGACAAUUUAUUUUGGUCAACAGCAUCCAAGGGCGACUGGCCAUUCCCUUCAGAAGUUCCUAUGCUGCUUCUAAGCAUGCAGUACAGGCUUUCUUUGACUCCCUCCGGGCUGAAGUGGAGGAGUACGGUAUCACCGUGAGCACUGUCAGUCACACUUUCAUCGAUGCCAAUGUUACUCCAUCAUCCGAGAAGCCUGACUCCAAAGCGAACAGCCUGACUACAUUUGUUGCCAGCCAUCUGACCCACGGGGUGCAUCCUACAGUCCUGGCCAAUGAGAUUAUGCGAACGGUUAACAGGAAGAGGAAGGAGGUUGUGUUGGCCCACCCCAUCCCCAGGGUGGCAGUCUAUCUCCGAGCUGUCCUACCCUCGUUCCUAUUUGCUGUACUGGGUGCUGGAGUGAAGGACUCCAUCUUGGCUGAGCAGAUGCAGUAA